AUGGUGAAUGAAUACAAGAAAAUUGUUCUACUGAAAGGAUUAGAGAACAUCAGUGAUUAUCAUUUUAAAGCAGUUAAGUCCUUACUGACCCAUGAUUUAAGACUGACUAGAAAAAUGCAAGAUCAAUUAAACAGAAUUCAGAUUGCUGACAUGAUGGAAGAAAAGUUCCAACACGAUGCCGGUUUGGACAAAUUAAUAGAAUUCUUUGAAGAUAUACCAACACUUAAAGGCCUUGCUAAAACUCUUAGAAAAGAGAAAUUAAAAGCAAAAGGAAAAAACCCAUCGAAAAAAAGCAAGCAAGGAGAACUGGGUCCUGCUACACUUGCACCUGCCACAAGCAAAGUUCUCACAUCCGAAGGAGCAGAGGAAACUCCUGUUGCUCAGAAAAGGAAAAACACAACCACAGAAAAGACUGGAACCAAAAAGAAAAAGGUGCCCGAGGAGCAGAUGCAGCCUCCCUAUCCUGCAGGAGCCAGCACGUCCUCAGCCAUGGGCCAUGCCCCACCUGCCCAGAUCUCAUCACCAGUUCCAUCCAACACUUCCUCAACUGAGAAAAUUAAAGACACAAUCACCCAAACUUGUGACUCCAAACAGAUGAAUCCAUCCCAGAAGCAGUGUCCUCCUCCACAAACUUCAGUCAUCAGCCCACCUCCUUCUGAGUUCCAUCCUCAGAAUUUUCGGGCUGUUCCACAAAACUCACCCAGCAGUAUCUUAACCAAGAAUAUGAAAGACUCAAUUAACCAAAAUUAUGACUCCGAAGGUAUGAAGUCCUCCCAGGAGCAGAGUGGGCUUCCACAGUCUCCAGCCACCAGAGCACCUCUAACUGGGAGCCAUCCUCGGACUUCACAGAAACUUACACAAAGCCCAUUCAGCAGAUUUUUAAAACAGAUACAGAAAAAACUAAAACAGAAAAACUCUGACUCCAAGAGUACGAAGCUAUCCAGUGGGCAGAGUCAGCUUCCAAAAUCUUCGGUGGCCAGCACAGCUGUAACUGAGAGCCAUGCCCAGACUCCUCAGAUGCCUACAACAACUCCAUGCAGCAGUUCCUUAACCAAGACAGUUAAAGACACAACCAACCAAACUUAUGACUCCAAAAAAAUGAAGCCAUCCCAGGAGAAGAGUCAGCCUUUGCAAACUGCAGCAAUCAGCCCACCUCCAUCUGAGUUCCAUCCUCAGGAUUUUCAAGCCCUUCCACAAACCCCAUCUAGCACUUUCUUAAUCCAGAAAGAGAAGGACAAAAUCACCCAAUAUUAUGCCUCCAGAAAUAUGAAGUUAUCCCAAGUGGACAGUCGGCCUGCACAGUCUUCAGUGAUCAGCAAAUCUCCAACUGUGACCCAGCCUCAGAUAUUUCAGAGAGUUCCACAAACCACAUCCAGUAGUUCCUUAACCAAGUGUGCUGAAAAUUAUACAAGGCCUUCAUCUCGAAAUUCUGCCUCAGCAACAAACCCUCUAAGUGGAAGCUCAUCCCGACAAGGAAGUGGAGACAACAGCAGCUUAUUAUGUCCAGACACUUCAUUAAGUGAAUUGUGGGAGUCUUUGUCUGAAGUGGAAGAAAAAUACAAGAAAGCCAGGGUUUCCAAUGCACAGUUGGACAAUGAGAAGAACAAUUUGAUCUACCAGGUAGACACCCUCAAGGAUGUUACUGAAGAACAGGAGGAACAGAUGGAGCAAUUCUAUAGAGAAAAUGAAGAGAAAUCAAAUGAGUUAGAAAGGCAGAAAUGUACAUGCAGCGUGCUGCAGUAUAAGAUGAAUGAACUUAAAGAAAGCCUUUGGCAAAAAGAUGAGCUUAUUGAGGCCCUAGACAAACAGAAAGAAUACAUUGCCUGCCUUAGGAAUGACUGCCUCAGUGACUGGGCACUCAGCGGCCUUGGCACGGGGGCUGGAGGACGGCGAUUCUGCUCACCCAUAUCUUUAAAGAUGUUGAAAGAAUACAAGAAAAUUGUCCUGCUGAAAGGAUUAGAGUGCCUCGAUGAAUAUAAUUUUCGCAUGUUUAAGUCUUUACUGGUCCAUGAUUUACAACUGACUAGAAAAAUGCAGGAUGAAUAUGACAAAAUUAUGAUUGCUGACUUGAUGGAAGAAACGUUCCGAGUUGAUGCCGGUCUGAACAAACUAAUAGAAUUUCUCAAAGACAUACCACAACUUAGAAACCUUGCUAAAAAACUUCAAAGAGAGAAGUUAAAAGUUACAAGGAAAUUCAAAGUGGAAGGAACAACUACAGUGAAAAAAAGCAAGCAGGAUAAACCCAGAACUGCCAAAUCUGUAUCCACCACAAAUAAAGCCUUGGAACCUGAGUCAAUCAAGGAAACAUCUGUGUUGAAAAAAAAGAAAAAUAAAACCUCAAAAACUGAUGACUCCAAGAGGCCACAGCCAGCCAAGAAGAAGAGUCAGUUUCCAGAACCUUCAGCAGCCAGCACACAGCAAACUGAGGGCUGUUCGCAGACUCCUCACAUGCCUGCACCAACACCAUCCGGCAAUUCUUCAACCAAGAAAAGGAAAAAUGUGACCAGCAAAACUGAGGACACAAAAAGGACGAUGCUGUCCCAGGAAAUGAGCUGGCAAUCAGAAACUUCAGCUACCAGCAUUUGCCCUGCUGACAGUCACCCUCAGACUGCUCACGUGCCUCCACCAACCCCAUCCAGCUGUUCCUCAACCAAGAAACCAAGAUUGAAGACUGUACCUAAAGAAGCUUCCAAAGAAGAUGGUUACCAGAGUGGCCCCAAAGAAGUGACGGUGCUCAAAGCAACAGAACCAUUUGUGUAUGAGUUUAGAGAUGGAGAGAGAAAGAUGUUUCAUGCCACAGUAGCUACUGAGAGUGAAUUCUUCCAAGUGAAGGUUUUUAACACCAACCUGAAGGAGAUGUUCACCCCAAAGAAGGUCAUUGCCAUAUCAGAUUAUUUUGGCCGCAAUGGGUUCCUGGAGGUAUACAGUGCCUCAUGUGUAUCUGACGUGAAUGCUGACCGAAAGAUGGAGAUCUCAAGCAGACUGAUUAAAAAUGCCAAUGCAACUCCCAAAAUCAAUCAUCUUUGCUCUCAAACUAAAGAAAAAUUUGUGAAUGGGGUGUUUAUGGUGCAUAAGAAAAAUGUGAGAGAAGAAUGCACUUUUUAUGAAAUACAAGAUAAUACAGGGAAGAUGGAGGUGGUGGUGUAUGGACGACUGACUAGCAUCAGCUGUGAGGAAGGCGAUAAACUUAAACUCAUCUGCUUUGAAUUGGCAUUGAGUGUGGAUAAGUGGCAACUGAGAUCUGUGAUUCACAGUUACAUGAAGGUCAUCAAGGCCAAGAAAAGCCAGAAAUAAUUACUCAAUUUUGAUUCAGAUAUGGAAACUUCACUAGAGCCCUCCUUCUAAAAACCUGGAUGCCACUGAUAAUGGUGUUUGUAGAGAUAAGAUCUAAGUACAGAGAAAAAAAUGGGUGUGUAUAUGUACACGUGUAUAUAUAUAUAUAUAUAUAUAUAUAUAUAUAUAUAUACCUAGUUGAAAUACAAUAUACAGCAGCUAUUAAUUCUAGGGAAUGGUUUGUUAGGGGUGUUUUUUGUUUUAUUCUUUAUACUUUUUUAUAUUUUCUAA